AUGUCGUCGCCUCUGCUCUCGGCGAGCCGGCCGUGGGACGCAGAGUUUACGGAAGACACCGGCCGUGGGCGCGUCGCGCUGGCAGCCUUCUUUCUCGGCGCAGUCUUUGGCUGCUCUCUGCUAAUGCUGGCGGUGAUAUCGAGCGCCGCUCCUUUCUUUGCUUACAUGGCGAUGCUCUCCGCCUUUCACAUGUGCGAGUACCUGCUCACGGCAGCGUUCCGGCCGGACACGCUCAACUUUGACAACUUCCUUCUCAACCACUCGACGGUUUACCAGGUCAUGAUAUCGCUAUCGUGGGUCGAGUACUGGCUGGAGUAUGGGCUCGCGCCUUCCAGAAAGUGCUGGGGGACGAUCAGCACGGCCGGCUUGCUACUGUCUCUGCUCGGGCUGGGCACGAGGAUCAUCGCCAUGUCGACUGCGUCGUCCAACUUCUCGCACAUCAUCGAGGAGGAGCAGCGGCCGGAGCACCAGCUCGUCACGCGCGGCGUCUACUCGUGCCUCCGCCACCCCGCCUACUUUGGCUACUUUUGGCGAGCUCUCGUGCAGGUGCUGCUCGCCAAUCCCGUGUGCGUGUGCGCCUACGCCGUGGCCAGCUUCCUCUUCUUCCGCCACCGAAUCCCGUACGAGGAGCACUUCCUCGUCCGAUUCUUCGGCGAGGAGUACCUCCGCUAUCGCGAGCGGACCUGGAUCGGCAUCCCGGGGAUCAGAUCUAUUCGGCCGGGCGAACUAUGGGCCACAGACUCAUAG